UUGUAAAUUAAAGCUGUUUCAAAUCCCUCUCAUUAAAUGUUUAAAACCAACCUUCCCUUUGGAGGCAGCCGCCCACGAUGCUCUCUAACAACUCCAUCAGAUAUGCCAGUCUGUUAUUUAUUAUCUUUUAAUCUGUGCUAGAAUGUCACGGACUGGCGAUUUGUAACAAGCAUUUGACAAAUUAAAUUUAUUCAAAUGAACCUAGGUUAAAAAAAAACAAAAACAACCGAGUAGAUGUUGACAGACAGGCCGGUCCAAAGAGGUCCGCGGGCCAUACUUUGCCCACCCCGGGUGUAGCGAGUAACAAAAGGUUUACGUGACCAUAUCAGUUAUUAAUGUGUUUGCUGCUCUGUCCCACUAAGCAAUCGGAUUACUUCGGGCACUACUUUCAGGCGCUGCUGUGUCUGAAGUCCAUCAUUCCGCCCUGUAAUUUUAUGCUCCGCCACGCACGCGCGUGCACAGAUGAGUUGCGCGGGCGAGCGAGCGCCACGCCGACCAUGCACGUGAGGUCGCAAUUGUUUCCAAUGGCUUGGCCUCGCUCCCACGUCGCGCCAACGCCAGUCGUCUGGCGCCAAUGCCGCGUGGUCAACACCAGUCCUCGUCUUUGUGGUCUUCACAGUCGUCACAGUCGUCACAGUCGGCAACAGGUCACUGAGCGCCGAUGAAGGGCUUGAGGAAUUGUUCGAAGACUUUGAUUAUUCACUGGUUAUUCAUGGUCCCAGCCAGGACAGACAAUCAGACAGGCCGCGGGAAGGAAGGAACAUUAAGAGUUGAAUGAGGGAAAAAAGAGAUUCUAAGUUUUCAUGGUAUUCUGACUUCGCGCCUGUGGCAUCAGUGUUCCAGUCUUGGAGACGAAUGGCACUUGUACCAAUGGUCACUUGUAGACACUGGAUUCGACCAAUCUUAUGAACUGAAUUCAACCUCCUUUCAGCAUCCUAACCGUCUGAUUGAUGGCAUAUGUUUGGCUUCUUUAGACGUACAGACAUUAUUUGCAACUUUCAUAGGGGACAUGCCCCUUAAAAUGCGGCUGGAAGCUGGACAGACUUUGAUGCCAGACUUUCAGAUAUUUAAGUCAGCGAGUUUUUUUGGUGUCUAGAAUGGUGGUCUGUGUCUUUGUGAAUCGCCUGCACGUGAAGACUCUUCGGCGUUCCAACUGAUCCUUGGUGACUCCACCCCUCGUCUGGUGACUCCAACCCUCGUUUCAUCUUCUACGUGGAGCCUAGCUUAUGAUCACGUGAUGGAGAUGCAAAACCAAACUUCAAAUGGGACGUUUGGCAGCCUGGACCAUGACACCCCAAACGUCUCUCUUCACUGGACUUACACGGUGGCCAAAAUCCUGAUGAAGUACGUCCUUCCGGUCAUCAUCAUCACGGGACUGCCGGGUAACGUGGUGUCCAUCCUGGUCUUUCUGACCCGUGACCUCCGGCGCCUUUCCUCCUCGGUCUACGUGCUGGCCGUGCUGAUGUCAGACAUCGGCUUCCUCAUCAACCUUCUCUUUCUCUGGCUUGAGGUGCUGGGCAUCCGCGUAAAUCACGAGGAGGGUGCAUGCCAGUUCCUGGUCUUCCUGUCCUACGCCUGCAGCUUCCUGUCCGUCUGGUACACAGUCUGCAUCACCAUCGAGAACUACAUCGCCAUCUGCCACCCGACUAAGGUCAACGUCUUUUGCACGCGCUCACGUGCCCUCAUCGUGGUGACGCUGCUGGCCUGCGGCUCUCUCGUCGUCUACAUCACUUCUGCCGCCGCAACGGAGGUGCGCGCGGACAAAACCGGUCAGCGCAUGUGCGAGCGCAAGGGGGAGCCUUUCAUGAGCGUCAUGAAGGCGCUGUCCAUCUUCGACUCUGUCGUCACUCUCCUCUUGCCUCUCGUCUGCGUGACCAUCAUGCUGGUAGCCAUAGUUCUGUCUAUCAUCAACACCUACCGCUGGCGGCGCUCCAGCCCCGGGAGCCAGAAACGUCGGGCCGAGCUGAUGGACAUCCCGCAGGUUCGAGUCGCCAAGAUGCUCUUUGCCCUCUCUCUCUCCUACGUCAUCAUGAACUUGCCCAGUCACGUGAGUCGUCUGUACUACAUGAUCAAUGACAUGAUCCACACUAUGGGCGGCGGUGGUGGUGGUGGGACUGUGGUGGGAGCGGGUGAGAGCCACAUGUUGAUCAGUCAAGAGGCAGUCUGGUGCAGCUCGUGCUCUUGUUCGGAUCUUAUCUGUACUACGCCGUCAAGUUCAUUCUCUUCCUCACCUUCAGCAAGAACUUCCGGCGCUCCAUCAGAGAAACGUGUAUAGACAGUACAGGCAAUGGUUAGCCAGAAGAGAAACUCUGCACCUACUGCUGUGUAGACUAGGAUCAUCUCAUCACUACUCACCUACUGCUCCUCCUGGCAGUUGUUACAUUAAAUUUUCUUCCUACCCUAGUGUGGAUGGGUUGCAUCUUUUUCUGGUUUGUAAUCCAUGUUUUGCCAAGUGAGUGUACAAAGAGAAAAUGGAGACUCUGUUCUGAAAAUAUCAUGUUGAAACUUCUCCGAGGGUGAGAAAAUUAUAACAGAGCCCUUGUGUGUGUGUGUUUUUAUUUACUUAUAUAAAACAUUUGGAACAAUCUGUGUCAUUCUUGAGAUCUCUAGGCACAAAAGGAACUUUUUUUGAAAUUAUGCGUGGUUUGCAUACAUUGACACCCGACCAGCUUUGAAAAUUAACCGAACACUUGCCACCCAGUACGUUUGUCCAGAUGUAACCAUGGAUGUAUAUAGGUGGAUCGCUGUCUGCCAAGACCAACGCUUAGCCUCUUGCGAAGUUCUCCUCUGUUAGUUUCGGCGAGCCUAAGCAAAAAAUAUGACUAAACCGGAAGCUUUGUACACUCCUGCCUC